AUGGUGUACAUUUUCGAUCCCAAUAGAAGAUAUGAGACUGUCAAGUUGAUUGAAAGUCAAAGCUCUGCCUCACCCAACUCUGCUGUCAGUCAAAUAUGCAAGACUGUCAUAAAUGGUACUUCUAGCCACUCACUGGGCGAUAACAUUGUGGAACAUGCUAGUGCGUUGUUACCUCCUUUAGAGGCGUUUAAUAGUGUUGAGGAGACGUGUGUGAGGGAUAAUGCUGUUGAUUUGCUUUGUCGAAUUGGAUCUCAAAUGCGGGAGAGUGAUUUGGUUGAAUAUUUUAUACCAUUGGUGAAUAGAUUGGCAGUAGGUGAAUGGUUUACUGCUCGAGUCUAUGCAUGUGGUCUAUUCCAUAAUGCUUACCUUACUGCACCAGAAGCAAUAAAGACAGAGUUGAGAUCAAUAUACAUUCAGUUAUCUCAAGAUGACAUGCCUAUGGAUAAAUUGUGGCGUGUCUGCUACAUGGUUGCAAAUCAAUUGUAUGAGCUAUGUAAAGUUGUAGGCCCUGAACCCACCGAAUCGGGGUUGGUCCCUGCCUAUGUUCGAUUGCUUCAAGAUAAUGAGGCUGAAGUACGCAUAGCAACUGCUGGGAAAGUGACCAAGUUUUGCCAGAUUUUAAGUCCCGUAGAGGCAACUUUGGAUGCAGUGGAAUCACCUUACAUGAGAAAAUUAAUUUUUCAAAUUUUGAAGUUUGUGUUGCAAAUAAUCAGUGACAAUUUGUUAUUCAAGCAAUGGGAUCCAGGAACAAUAUCUCUACUCUCAUAUUGA